CUUUCGGGUGGCCGGUCGGACAGCCGAGGAAAAAGGGAACGACGGCACAAAACAGCUGGCCACCGACCGACGUGUCGACCGAAGGAACGCGCCCCGAAAAGAAGAAUGUUGCGUAUUGUUAGCGCCGUGAUUCGAGCGAGCAAUGGCCGAUUAUUUGCAACAAGUUCUAAUGCUUCGAAAUCACUUAUCGGUACCAACGUAGAGCAGACCCGGUCAUUAGUAACAUUUUCGCCAAGAUUGUCGAUGCAAGAUGCUUGCAGAUGGAGUAAUCAUGGAACAUUAUUGAGUGAACCAUUGACGUCAAAGAUUCUUUCAUUGACAAUGCCUACACCAACGUUAUCGAGAACACUUACCAAGUUUUCCCUUCGGAAAGGGAAGAGGAAAGCAGUGAAACCUGUCAUUAAAAGAUUCUAUAGACUAGACUGGGGCAUUUGGAUCCGUACAAUGGCUGGACGGCACAAGCGUAUGUGGUUAAAAUCCAGAGAUCGGAAACGACGUAUGCGUAAACACGUUUUCACAAAUGCUACGCAGUCCUGGUUGCUCGACAAAAUGGUUACAAAGUUUUGGAAGAAGAGGAGGCACUAUCCAGAGGAUCCCUACGAGCCGUACCACUUGAGAGAAGAGUACCACAAAACAAGGAAAUACCCUGCACCUAUACCUGAGAAAGUUACGCCUUAGUGUCACAACUUGAGCAUCGAUACCUAACUUAAGAGAAUACAAUUAUACAGUUAUGCAGCUUCGAAACUCGUUCUCACAGACAUUAUUCUUUCUAACGAGUCACCCUCACUAAAAUAUUCCAAUAACUAAAUCAGCAGAAGUCUCACCUUGUGUCCCACCCCAAGAGUUAAAUCUCCAUCGUACCUCUGCCCACGAAUCUAUUAGCUAAGUGCAAAAUUAAUAUUACAUUUCCCCAUUAUCUCUUUUAACAUUCACAUUGGAAAAUUAAUAAAUACACCCAUUUAUUACAUA